AUGUUUUUUCGUUCAUCUCGUCUACGUCUUAUAAUUAUACGAACUUGUAUUAUUGCAUUGAUUAUAGUAUUAUUUUUACAAUUUUCAACAUUAUUUAAUAAUGAGAAUAUUCCACUAAGUAAAUCUGAUAAAUUAUUAACAUUCGAAGAAUUAUUUUGGAAAAAAUUAUUUGAUGAAGAUAAAAUUUUAACUGAUGAACAACGUAUUCAACAUAUUAAAUUAAUUGAUGAACAUAUAAAAAAAAAAGAUUUUAAUUGGACAAAAAUAUUUUUUGAUAAUUAUAAAAGAAAAUUAUUAAAAAUUAAUGAAAGAGAUAUUAAAACUUCUUAUAAAUAUCGAUUUAAAAAUAAUGAACAAAUUAUUUCACAAGAAAAAUUUGAAAUAUUUGAAGAAACUCUAGUAUUUGGUCGUCCAAAAUUUUGUUCAUCAAAAAAUAUAUUUCAUCGUCAAUGUCCAUAUUCAAAUUGUCAAUGGAAUUGUAAUAAACCAUCGAUUAAUAAUAAAAAUAUUCGUCGUGCAAAUAUAUUUCAUCAUAUUGAUAUAAAACAAGAUGAAAUACGUAAUAAACUUCAAUAUCGUUCAUAUAAUGAUAUAUGGAUAUUAUGGAUUGAUGAAGCAAAUCGUCAAAUUGAAGUAUUAAAUUCAUAUCAAUUUAAUUGGACAUUAAGUUUUCGACAAGAUUCUGAAAUUUCAAUAGGUACAUAUGGAAUAUUAAUUGAAAAAGAAGAAAAUCAAACAUUAUUAAAUAAUAAUCUAUAUAAUAAUUCAGAAUUAUUUGAAAUAUUAAAUAUUCAUCAUAUUGAAAUAAUUAAUAUAGCAUUAGAAAAUCGUAUUUUUAUAAAUUAUCGUUAUCGUCAUAAAUAUGCUCUUUGGUUUGUUUCAAAUUGUCAACCUCAAUAUCGUCUUAAAUAUUAUAAAGAAUUAAAAAAUUUUUAUUCAAUUAAUGCAUAUGGUUUAUGUGUUGAAAAAAAAUGUGAUAAAAAUAAUAAUUGUGAACAAGAACAAUCUCAUUUAGCACUUUUUUAUUUAGCAUUUGAAUCUCAAACAUGUACAGAUUAUAUAACAGAAAAAUUUUGGCGUGCACUUUAUUAUGGAAUGAUACCAAUUGUUUUAGGACCAUCAAAACAAUCUUAUUUAGAUUUAGGUGUACCAGAAACAGCAUUUAUACAUGUUGAUGAUUAUCAAUCAGUUCAUGAACUUGCAAAUCAUUUACAUCAAAUAGCUAAUGAUUAUAUUAUGUAUAGAAAAUAUUUUCAAUGGUUAAAUCAAUAUGAAAUAUUUUAUGAUAUAAAUGUUCUUGAACCAAUUCGUAUGUGUGAAUUAUGUAUGAGACUUAAUAUGCAAAAAUUUCAAGAUCAUAGUUAUUAUACUAAUGUUCAUGAAUGGCAUCGAAAUGCAUGUUAA